CCGGAGGAGGGGAGGGCGAGGACGGGAAGGUGCAGGGCUGGGGUGGGCCCCUCUCCCCCGUACUCCUGGAAAGCCCUCUAUCCCCGUUGUCCGUCUUGUGUCGGGGCCUUUGGGAAGAGUAGGCGACCAGGAAGUGAGAACUUGCUUUAAUUGAAUUUGUUUCGGUCUCCGAAGUGGGAACAGACUGCCCUUCCUCCCCCCCCCCCCCCCCAUACCCCCUUUAGCGGGCCCUUUAGGCCUGGGCGAUGUGACGGAUCCCAGGAGGGAGGGUUUUUCUUUAGGGUCUGCCCUUUGGGCCACCCCUUCAGCUUCGGGGUGGAAGUACACGUAUUUAUGAGGUGCCUCUCCCUUGUUUUCUCAUCCAGUUACCCUGUGGUUCCUUCUCCUCAUCUGUGCCUUUGAGCCUAUUAACAAAUGGCUCUGUGGCCAGAUCUGGGCCAUAUGAGACCCCAGUGACAAUUGGUAAUGAGUGGUUCACUGUCGUUGUGCCUGUGCCUUUCUCACACACUCACAAGUCUUGCCAGUUCUUGCAGAGUUAAUUUCUGCGGAAGUAAUGCAGGUUCCUGUAAUUGUAUAUGAUAAAAAUGUAUAGAUGAACCUAUAUUUGAGAUAUGCAGAAUGAUAUUUGUUUACAACCAGUUUUUUAAAAAGAAGUCUACGUGAUGGACACACUCUGCUCAGGUUGCUGAGAUUCUGUGUAAUCUGUGUUUCCUCUCGGCAUGAACUCUGGUAUGGUUUCUUCGUUUGAUAAGGGUUUCUGUCAACCUAUAUUUGAGAUAUGCAGAAUGAUAUUUGUUUACAACCAGUUUUUUAAAAAGAAGUCUACGUGAUGGACACACUCUGCUCAGGUUGCUGAGAUUCUGUGUAAUCUGUGUUUCCUCUCGGCAUGAACUCUGGUAUGGUUUCUUCGUUUGAUAAGGGUUUCUGUCAACCUAUAUUUGAGAUAUGCAGAAUGAUAUUUGUUUACAACCAGUUUUUUAAAAAGAAGUCUACGUGAUGGACACACUCUGCUCAGGUUGCUGAGAUUCUGUGUAAUCUGUGUUUCCUCUCGGCAUGAACUCUGGUAUGGUUUCUUCGUUUGAUAAGGGUUUCUGUCAACCUAUAUUUGAGAUAUGCAGAAUGAUAUUUGUUUACAACCAGUUUUUUAAAAAGAAGUCUACGUGAUGGACACACUCUGCUCAGGUUGCUGAGAUUCUGUGUAAUCUGUGUUUCCUCUCGGCAUGAACUCUGGUAUGGUUUCUUCGUUUGAUAAGGGUUUCUGUCAACCUAUAUUUGAGAUAUGCAGAAUGAUAUUUGUUUACAACCAGUUUUUUAAAAAGAAGUCUACGUGAUGGACACACUCUGCUCAGGUUGCUGAGAUUCUGUGUAAUCUCAGUUUCCUCUCGGCAUGAACUCUGGUAUGGUUUCUUCGUUUGAUAAGGGUUUCUGUAAGUUUGAUUUGCAACAUAUAGAAGUCCAAUAUUAUUCAAACAAUAAGGAAUGAGAGCUUUGUAAAAGGUUAUGACUAAUAAAGGAAUGUGAAGACUUGAACCAAAUAAUGAGCUGUCCGGAAGCAGGAAGUUUUGUAAUGUUUCUCUGAGAAGUCCAGAGUUCUGUACAACUUGACGUAUUUAUAUUCUUCAUUUUGGAUCUCUUGUUCAAAUCCUAGAUCAAACUUCCAUGCUUGUCAGGUAUCGCCACACUUAACCUUUUUAGUAAAAUAAAAGGGCCAGCUAGUCUGAGACUGUCUGGAACAGUUUUCAUUAUAUUUUUGGUGUAGGGUGAGUGGGAUGUGCAGUGAAUAACUUUUAGUGAAACGGUAAGACUUCUCAUAUGAGAUUGUCAGCAAAAUCCUUGGACUACUACGUGUUAUGACCAGCCAUGUUGUUGUUUGGGUAUGCUUAUGUAAUGCUUUGAUUUCUUUAGCACCUGUUAGUUUAUGUUCAGGUGACAUAGGGUAAAAGCACUGCAUAAUCACUGUCACAGCGCCAUGGGAAGACAGUGGGAUUUAUCGCAAUAGCACUUACUUAGUGUUUUAACUGUCAUUUUCAGCAGAAUUAAGAGAUAUCAUGGAUAUUAAAUCUCUCUUUAACAUAUAUCACAGAACUUUGAGGCUCAUAGCCUGCCAUGUAAUUUUUUAGUUUGACUCUUAGGACCUUUUUACCUUGUUUUAAACCUGAGGAGUAUAUGGGUGCUUAAAGAAGGGAUUUUUCAAACUCUUUGAUGCUGUCUCGCUACCUUUCCUCCUGCAUUCCUCUUGUCAAAGAAAAGCUGGCAAAAUUUUGUUAUUUAAAAAGGUGCAGGUAUAGUUGUAAUGUUUCCUCUGUUUAAGGUAAAGAAAAACUAAGCACUUUGCUGGGUAAAUAGAAUAUGUAAUAGAUGAAGUGCUCAGAACUAAAUAGGUGAUUAGUAAAUUUGAUUGUAGAGAGGUUAACAGGGUGGGGAAGAAUUAUUAGUGGUUUUCAGUCCUUUUGCCCUUUAGAAUAACCUGGAGAGAUCAAAAAAACAAACAAAAGAACAAAAGAUGGUGCCUUUUCCCCAGGCCAGGCCAAUUGAACACCAGGUAUUCAAGGGAGGGCCCCAAGCAAGGAUAGGUUUUGUUUUUUUUGUUUUUUGUUUUUAGCAAGUCCCACAGGUGACUAAUGUGUAGCCAGGGAUGAAAACCACUAUUCCAGAGUAUGAGGAGGAAUAUGUGCCAUCAGUAAGCAGUAUGCCUUUCUACAUGGGAGUUAAUUCUGUGAUCUCUGCCAAUCACUUUACCUCUCUUUCCCAUUACCUUGGUUCUAGGCUCUGGAUUCAAAUGUACCCUCUGCCACUUGGGUAAAUUAUUUAUGCUCUUCAGUUAAGACAGGAAUCAUUAUAGUCUUUAACUUUUAAGGUUUUUAAGGAUUAAAUUAGAUAAUAUAUGCUAAGAAUUCAUCACAAUGUGUGAUACUGUGCUCAGUACGUAUUAACCUUCAUUAAUAAUCCUCCACACUUAGUGUUCCACUUUGAGAAGAAACAUAAGCAUAAAGCACAAUACUAAGAAAUCAGAACUCCUUUCAGACCUAACAGUGAUUGACUUUGUCCUGUUUUUCCAUUUCUAAACAUUUAUGUAUUUAAAUUGCUAUGUGAAGUAUUUUGAUGAAAAUUAGUAAGAAUCUUUAUUGAAGACCUAAACCUGUUUUGUGGUGACAUAGAUAAGUAGAGUAAGAGUAAUACAAAACUUUUUUUUACGCGAUUCUGCCAUGCAUAAUUCACAGGCAUGCUAUGACAUUUGGUAGCCCAGUUAGUGCCUAUAAAGAUUUCUGAAAUUGGUGCUUAUGGGUUCCUAUAACUGUUGAGCAUGUUCAGUUUUUCUUGCCUCUGAAUGUAAAUGGGAAGAACAAGUAGAAACAGUUAGGUAAAACUGCCACUGCUCCCACCCCACCUGUUUUUUUAAACUAAGGAGUUCUUUAGAGCAGUCUUUCUUUACUGGUUUGGAAGUAAAUGAUAGUGCAAACUGAGUCAUCUGUAAUCCAGAUCAAUCUUAAAAGAUAAUAGAGUCAUCCGUUUAUGUUUUUUAUAGAUUUCACUUUUGAGUAGACCUUUAUAGUUGAAUGUUUUUGCUCUUUUUUUCCCUCCCUACUUCAGGCUAUCGUAUUAUAGUAUUACUCUUAUUUUAUUUUAGAAAUCACUGUAUUCUCAUAUAACAUGAUUUGGCAUGUCAUUAUAGUGAUGUGAGAAAGUAAGUUACUUUCCGUUUUCUACUACACAAGUAGGUCAGUUUCGGGGCAUAAUCAGAUUUGGGGGAUAUAAGGAUAUAAUAAUUUGUCUAAACAAAGUCUGCUUUAAUGUGGUUUUUAAUACAAAUAUUUUUAUUUUAGUUAUUUAUUUUUAAAGUAGGCUCCAUACCCAGUGUGGGGCCCAAUGUGGGGUUUGAAUUUACGACCCUGAGAUCAAGACCUGAGCUGAGAACAAGAGUCGGACGCUUAACCAACUGAGCCAUCCAGGCACCUUGCAAAUAUUUUUAUAUUGACUGCAAAUCAGACUUAUAUUUUGUACUUGCAUCAUGAUCAGUAUUCUUUUUUGAUAUCCUUCUGGAUGAGUUUAAUAAUUUUCUUCAUUGUUAGAUUUCAUGUAGCAGUAUGGAACAACGUGGCAGUUCCAACAGGGAGAUAGCAGAAGCAUAUUUUGAGGAAAAGUGGUAUUUGAAGGAAGAGGGAAAUAAGUUCCUAUUAUUGCUUAAUAUUUAUGUACGUGUAAUUUAAAAGACUUGAGUUCAGACUUCAAUUAAAAGUAGAUUUCCUGUGUGUGUGUGUGAGAGAGAGAGAGUGAGUGAGAAAGGUGGGGAAGGGAGAGAGAGAAAAAGUCUUCUCAUUAUGUAAUGUAGAUGAGGGGAAAAGUGACUAAUUUACUAGGUGGUGUAGGCUAGAUUGGUUAAUAUUUUAAAAUUAUGAAGUUUUUUUUUUACCUCUCAGUAAAUUUGUGCAAAAUAUAGUGAUCGUUGUUGAAGACUGAUUUUUCACAAUGAUGAUAGUGCUAAAGGAUGUUAAUCUAAAAAUUAGAAUUUAAAUCUAGUUUUUUAGGCCAGAAUUCCCUACCUGAUCUAUCACUAUAACUGACAUUAUUUACUUCUGUAUCACCUCAUGCCCUCCUGUAUCACAAUCACACUUGGGGCUUUCCUAGGGCAUAAUCUUUGAUUUCUAACUUAAGCCCUGUCAUAGAGCCAAGUUAUUUUGCUAAGGUUUGUUUCUAAUAAUGUUAUUCUCUUUUAAUUUCACUAAAUUAUUGUAUCUUCGUGUACUCUCUUCUGAGGUAUAAUCUUCCUACCAUCUCCACAAAUAAUUCCUCAUCCUUCAGCACCAGUUUUUACCAAUGGCUGUGGAACUCACUCUCUUUGCUUGUCUUCAUCUCAGAUUUGGACUGAGCAACAAAUUUGAAUCAGAAUUCCCUUCUUCAUUAACUGGAAAAGUAGCUCCUGAAGAAUUUAAAGCCAGCAUCAACAGAGUUAACAGUUGUCUGAAGAAGAACCUUCCUGUUAAUGUACGUUGGCUGCUUUGUGGCUGCCUUUGUUGCUGCUGCACGUUAGGUUGCAGUAUGUGGCCAGUUAUUUGCCUCAGUAAAAGAACACGAAGAUCGAUUGAGAAGUUAUUAGAAUGGGAAAACAAUAGGUUAUACCACAAGCUGUGCUUGCACUGGAGACUGAGCAAAAGGAAAUGUGAAACGAAUAACAUGAUGGAAUAUGUCAUCCUCAUAGAAUUUUUACCAAAGACACCGAUUUUUCGACCAGAUUAGCAUUUACUUUAUUUAUAGAGACUUUCCAAGUAUGUUGUCUUUCCAAUGGUGCCUUGCUUGGUGCUCUCCUGGUGGUGACAUAACAUUGGUUCUACAGAAUCGUGUGGUGUUUUUUUCUGUUUUUGUUUUUUUAAAUAACCGCAUGUUCUAAGUGUGCAUUUUUGUCAAACUUCGCAAGUUAUUUCAUACAGAUGUUUAAUACUUAAGUUAUUGUGCUCUUUUCUGUUAUGUAUUCUGAUUUUCAAGGAUUACUUUUUUGUAUUAUCGAAAAAAUACAUUUGAAAUUAGCAUAAAAA